AACCAAGGGUAUUAGGGAUAUUUUACCCUUUAAUGAAUGUCAUUUUUGUGACUUUCUCCUUUUAGUGCUAUUUUUGAGACAUAAACUUCAAAAGGUGCUAUUAUUGACAAUUGCCCUAUUUAAUAUAACAUAUAAGUUUAAUAUUAUUAAAAUGAACUUAGUUUUAAUUACAUAUAAAAUCCAUUAAAGGUAUUUUUAAAUUAAUAAAUUAGUGACUCAUCUAAAAAUUAAUAAUAAAUCAAUGAUUUAGCUAAAAUCUAAUAAAACAUGAUAAAUAAACAAAAAAAUUUUAAAUUAUGGAAAAUAUAAUCAAUCAGUAAAUUCACUUCUCAAAUAAUAGUAUAGAUAAAAAAAAAUAUUAGGUCUAAAUCAGAUAAUAUCUAAAAGGAGAGAGAUCUACGUGGCAAUCACUCGUUUGGGAAAGCGUACGAGGAACUCCAUACUAAUUUCUAGUAACCAACUAUGUUUGUUUUUAAAUUUAACAACGCGGGUAACACCAUAAAAGGAAACUUCCUCUCCAAUUGUUCAAGUCACCUUCCAUGCUAAGACCACAAAAACAACACGUCUAAAACGCGACGUGUCUUUCCUUCUAACUUGCGCCAAAAGUUAUCGCUGAAAGCUCCAAAGCAAAAUCUACUUACCGGUGCUAACGUACUAUCUCUCUAGCUGUCGCUUCUCAAUCAUCUUCUUCUUCUCUUUGUCCAACCAAUCAUUCCUAUUUAUACGUUUAUAAUAUAUUUAUAUUUUAAUUACAUAAUAAAUCAUAAACCGCCAUACCAAAAAAAGAUAAAGACGUAUGUAUAUAAGAAACCAAAAGCUUGUCAAUCAUUCACCUGAAUCACAUCUGCCUUUGAGCUCCAUCGAAGAUGAUGAAAGUGAAGAGUUUUAUUGGUUCUAGAUUGAAGACUUACUCAGCAAGACAGGAAAAUUCUGAGAAGGAAUGUCGCCGUAGCUUGACGUGCAAGCUAAGUGUUAACGAGGAGUACCAGGAAGCUUUCAGGACAAACUCCUACUUAGAGAUUCGGACAAAAGCUGAAGAUCAAUUAGGCAUAACAUUCUCUAGCAAACUCUCUUCUCCUUCUCCGACGACUUCUCCUUCAUCCUCAUCAGAUCUGAGCUUCCAUUCACACUUCACCGAUUACUUGCUCGACCCUCCUCAAGAAACUCUCGAUGCUCUUAUGCAAGACACGAGUUUCCACUAUCUUUUAGCUAAGUUCUUUGACUUUAGCUCCGAUGCUUGUGAUGUAUGCGAGUCUCUCCUUCAAUGCAUCCAACAAAUCAAGAUCAAUCACAUGAAACUCAAAAGGGUUAUCAAGAUUGGGAAAAGGGUUUGCAAUGGUGCUAAAACCCCUGAAUGUUCCCGGGAGAAUCUCUGUGCUUUGAUAUUUCAAGAGCUCUCGAAAUACGCCUUGCUGAAAAACCCUUUGUAUUGUAUCAUCAACGAAACUCAGUUCCCCAGAGUUAAUGAUGCAAACCCGGAUUUGCUCGCUAGAUUGAAAUCGAAAAGGAGAAGAAUCAGAAGAAAAAUCAGGUUAUUUACAUUUUGCAAGAAGCUAGGAAGUUAUAGUCUAGUGAUUUCUCAUAUCGCGAUUGUUAUUACGUUGCUGACAGUAGCAUUACACAGCAUACUCGGUGUUCUAGCAGCUCCUGCUUUACUCGGUUUAUGCUGUCUUUUGAGGAAGAAGAAAACAAAAAGAAAGAUGAAGAAUAAGAGCAAGACUGAUACAAAGCUAGAGAAGCUGGGGGCACAAAUGGAUAUAGCAGCUAAAGGAACGUUCAUAAUGAUGAAUGAUUUGGAUACGUUGAGUAGACUUGCUGGGAGAUUAUGCGAUGAGAUAGAGCAUAGAAAAGCCGUAGCUGCUAUGUGCGCAAAGAGUGGGAAGGUUGAAGUGUUAAAGGAAGCCUUGAGAGUGUUUAAUGGACAUGAAGAAAGAUUCUCAGAGCUAUUGCAAGAGCUUGAAGAACAUCUCUACCUAUGUUUCCACACUAUUAAUAUAUCAAGAAGAUUAGUGUUAGCGCAAACCACAGGACCAAGUUCUUGAUUAUUUGACUCUGUUGGUUCAUCAAAAUAAAUACUUCUUCAUGAUUUUAUGAAUUAAUUAUCAUAACAUAAUAAAAAUGUAAGAAUGUCUUUUAGUGUUUUUUUCUUGAUGAUUGUAGUGAAACAGAGUCAAAAGAAAAAAAAGUUUAGAGAAAAUUUACUGGUUCAAAAUAUAAGAUGUUUUGAUAUUUUUAAAAAUAAAUGUAGUUUUAUUGAAAAUUGUUUGAUUUAUAAUAAUUUUGUUUCAUUAUUUAUGAUUGAUUAACUCUUUAAAAAUUUAUAUUAUUAACAAUAUAAUUUUCAAAAUGUAAUUUUUUUUAGUUUUUCUAUUUUUCACCAAAACAUUUUACAUUAUCAAACCGAAAGAAAGAGUAUAUAAUAACAAAGCGGGUGGGUCUCCAAGAGAAAAGAACAGACUCAGAGCGCGACCACUGCCAAUAAUCUUUCGGACAGCAAAAUAUAGCUCUUUAAAACUGAACCCUGGAAGAAUAAGUCUGUCCGAAGGACCAAGAAGAAGGAACAACAUUGAGGAAGACUCUUGUAGCACCAUCGGUAGUAGUAAUGGAGAAAGAGAGAUAUUGCCCAUCGAGAUAAGCGUUUGAUUGCCAGUUAGCUCCCCAGUUACGAGACAUGGCUAACCAACCAGUCUUUGAUCCUUGGAGACAGAUUUAAUGGAGCCAGCUCCUCCAACGUUCGAUAUAUUCACUAGCUCGAAGUAAUCUCUUCCGUUUAUUCUAAAUCUCACUCCUCCUUUCUUGUAACAACUUACCCGUCAAAACCAAAACCAAAAAAAAAAAACACACAAGACUUUUUCAAAAAGCACCCCAAAACUUUCAAUUGUCUUUUUUUUUAAUAACUUUCAACUGUCUUGUUUUAAAAUACAUACUGUUUUUCAAUAUUAAAAGCUUCAAAAGUAGAAUGUUCAAUCCUGAUAAACCGACUUUAGCCGAUCUAAACCGAAAUGAAGCAAAUAUUAAGGGUAUAAUUUGUUAACAUGACAAAAUUAGGGGUUUAAUUUUCACGUAAAACAACUAAGGUUUAAAAUAAUUAGAUGGAAAGUUAAUGGGUCCUUGUUAAUCCAACCUUUGGAAAACGACGGGAACAAUCCCACCUCUAAAUGCCGAUCUUUUCCCAAGCGGGUUGUGCCAUGUCGAAAUGUUUUAGCGGUGGAUUGCACCAACCACCGUUGUUGCUCGGUAGAGCGAAGUUUGGUGGGCAGAAGUUGGUUGCUGUAAUAACCACCGAAGUUCCUUUCUUACACCACCGCGAGUCCGAUGCGUAAUCACACGUUAUUUUAGCAUUCUCCGCAAGAAGCUCCGUUGUUGAACAGAGCCGUGCUUAAGGCCGCUGUCAUUAUACCAUACCCCGCCGAGUAGAGAUCUCCGUACCCACAAGCUCCGCCUGAAUAAACAAAAAUCAUCCGUUUUCAUCAAGAAACUGAUAAACCAUAUGGAAAUAUAUUUAUAUGUAGUUUAAAUUACCCAUUGUUCCAGAAGCGUCACUCCAUCCAUAGAAUGUGGCGUGACCAUUGGUUAAACCAGAGGGCCUAAACGCAUCAACCGCCAUAAAAAGAGCUAUCAAAACCGCCAAUCCAGCUAGAGACUUUACUAGUUAAACAAAGUCUUCUGUCCCUAACCUUGUUUUUUUAAUGGUAAAAGUCUUUAACCUUGUUGGGUCCAUAUAACUACCAUCGAAGAGCCCCGGAAUCGAUUACUGAUUUUUGUCAUUAUUGAUAAGUUAACGAAACACACAACAAAGACCUGUAAAUUUAAAGGAGAAAACGAGAUUGUUUUACUAUAGUAAGAAAAUGAAACCUAGUUUGGCAAAGACAGACUAAUGCAUUAUGCAUGCCACGCAUCAAUAAUUUAACCCAUUGUUUAAUGGUCAUACACAUGUCUUGUCUUCAUUUUUUCUGAUAUUUAGAAUGUUUAUUAAUUAGUAGUAAAAGGAUAAACGGGUACAUAAUUACAUUAUAAUCAUAGCCUGGUUAUGAUAACAUUUUACAUGCUAAUGUUCUAAUUUUUCUAAACAUUUAGCGGUACAUUAGUUUAGUUAUGCUCCGGUUUCAAACCUACUGGUAAAAGUAAUCAAUCCUGAAGAUGCAAAAAUCUCCCAAACAACAAUUAAAUGAAAAGUCCGAUCUGCAAAAACAAGAGAGAAAGAGAAUAUUUCUCUCGAGGGUCUAUCCCCUAAUACCUUUAACCUAGCCGCCGCAACCUAAAACUCAACCACCACGGUGGCCGGACGCCUCUGCUCCAGUCGCCACCCCACCACUUCGUUCGUCUUUCUCAACAAUAAAAAGAAGUUGAAAAGAUUCCAAUCUUUUGAAACCAACAAUAUUUUCUAGAGUUCAACCCAAAGUAAUUGAAAGGAAUAAUAAUCAUCCGGAGGACAAUACAAAUCCUCCAUAAAACAAAACAAACCCUAGCCAAGAGUUAUUAUUUUUAUUUUUAUUUACGAUAAACAUUUAAGAAAACACGCAUUACCAUCCGAGUCGUUGUAGUAUAGUGGUAAGUAUUCCCGCCUGUCACGCGGGUGACCCGGGUUCGAUCCCCGGCAACGGCGUAUUUUUUACUUGACUCUUUUACGUACGGGCCCCAUAGUUAUGUCGAACUUGUGGGUUUCCCCACGAAGUCGAAGACCCAAUCAGCACAUCAUUGAGGCCGAACGCUUAAAGAGAUUUUUCUUAUCAUGUUCAAUGCUGUUGAGAAUGAAAAGUAUGAUAGUGAUGAGCAUUGAAGAAGGCUUGCAACUUGAAGACUCCAUCAAGUUUUGAUUCAAAUAGAUACCAUGAAUCCAAAUUUCCAAUAAACUCAAAAAAGAGAGACAAAACUGGAAAAAUAGUCUGGAAACUUGAGAAAUCUCAAAGGCAACAUCCAUGAAACAAAUGAACAUAUUAUAUAACCUAAAGGCAAAAAUCAAAGAGAGAAAUUAUGCUACGGCAACAUCUUGUCUUUUUAAUGGACAGACAAAAGAUAGAGAAUGAAGGAAAAUAACAAAGUUCAUUCAACAACACCAGUCAUUUAAG